AUGGAAUAUUCAAAUUGUCUUUCAAAAAAUAUUUGUCCCAAAGAAUCAAUUUUAAAGGAUAUAUUUUGUUUUGGUAAUAGCGAUAAUAAUAAUAAUAAUAAAAAUAAUAAUAAUAAUUUUAAUAAUAUUGGUCAUGGAGGACUUAAUAGUUAUAGAAAUUCUACUAAAUCAGAUUUUGAUUACCAAAAUUUCAUAAAUUUACCACCAUCUUUACUAAAUCAAAUGAAUGAAAAAGAAAAAAAUGAUUAUUGUCGUGAAUUUUCAAAUCAAUUAUCAAAUUGCAUCAAUAAAUCAUUAUCUAAAAUUUGGGAUAUUAAUCAAUAA